AUGGCGCCAUCGAGGGGUCUGAGCAUAUCGCAAGCUCAGCGCGUCUGCUCACGAUACGAAUGCACAAGUCGCAAUCCGUAUGCGGCUCGUCGCAGCUUCCGCUCGCUUUCGAGAGGCUGGACAAUAAUUGCCCCGAACGAUAUGCUCCUUCCCGGACGACAAGACGCCCUCCGUAGCUCUUGGAGAGGCUCCGCGAUACGAUAUACGACACAGCAGACAGUCCGAACGUACUCGUCCUUCACGGAGAAGCUCGCCGACCCCGCCAACAAGCUGCAGAGCUACGUGUCCCGCAGCAGCGACCCGUACCUCAACCUCUCCAUCGAAGACCACAUCCUGCGCAAGAGCCCCGCCGACAGCACUGUUUUGUUUCUCUAUGUGAACAGGCCGUGCGUCGUCAUCGGGCGAAACCAGAACCCGUGGACGGAGGUCAAUCUGGACAUCCUCAACGCCGCCCGCGGAGUCCACGACGCCAAAGACAGCGAGCCCCCGGGCAUCGGUACGGUCGACCUUGUACGCCGCCGCUCCGGCGGAGGCACUGUCUUCCAUGAUGAGGGCAACCUCAAUUGGAGCAUCACAUGUCCCCGCGGCGACUUCACACGCGACUUGCACGCCGAGAUGGUCGUUCGCGCCUUGCGGAAGCUGGGCAUCGAGCGCGCCAGAGUCAACGAGCGACACGACAUCGUCCUCGACCAAGGGCACGAGAGGCACACGGCCGACCCUCAGGACACGCAUCGCACGCCCUACACGAUCGACGAGGGCGGACCACGGCCACUGAAGGUGUCCGGCUCAGCAUACAAGCUGACGCGCCAACGCGCCUUGCACCAUGCGACGACGCUGCUGAGUUCGCCGAACCUGCACAUCAUACCCCACUACUUGCGAUCUCCCGCGAAGAGCGUCAUACAAGCCCAGGGUGUCGAGAGUGUCAGCUCGCCUGUGUCCAACAUCGGUCUUGACGUGUCGACAUUCCGGGAACGUCUCCAAGAGGAGUUUGCGUCAAUGUAUGCUGAGCUGGGAGCUCCAAGCAUCGUGCAGACUGUCGGCGAAGAGCACUUGAACAUUCCCGAUAUCCAGAAGGGAUAUGACGAGCUACAGACUGAUGAUUGGAUGUGGUCGCAAACCCCUGCCUUCAGCCUCGUGCUCGACCCCAAGGACGACAUCGGCCUCCAGAUGAAAGUGCAUCAUGGUGUUAUUAAGAGCUUGGACUUCGAGAACUCCAGUCUUCCGGACGACAGCCGAAUGAUACUUCAGGCUGCGCUAGUCGGUAUGAAGUUGCAGCAUGUCUGGAACUCAAAGGCCUUUUUGCAAAUGAGCAAACAAAAUCGGGAUGAUCACUUCGCUACUGCGGUGAGGCGACUCAGGCAGCUCUUGCCUGUGCCCGGACUUUCCAGACGUUGA